UCACCAAAAGGGAAAAAAAAAAGGCAUUUUUUAGAUAUUUCUAUGAGUAAAACCCAAGGUAUGUUUAAACAGAAGAUUUAGAUGCGUCAGGGGCCUCUGAGCCAAGGAAUUUUCUUUUUUUGCUGUUCUCUCUGUUAGCAGUUAAGCUGAGAUAGGGGAAGAGGGGGAUUCUGGCAGUGCCACUCCUGCUCUGGGUCAGUCUGUACAGAAUCUUUUACAUGGGAAGGGUGUUUAAUUUUCUGGGGAUGUGGGUGGAACAGAGCAACAUCAGCCUGGCUUUGGUGAUUUUUACCACCCAGUUCCUUCACCUACUUUGCUUUGGAGACCAAGCUCAAGACUCCUCUGCUCCUGAUUCUUCCCAGCCCUGUUCUUCAUGUUCCCAGUGCAUGCUAUGCUCUUGCCCAGCUGUGCAGAGGUGCAGGGUAGCACAGCUCAGCCCAUCCCAGCCUGCCUGGAGCCCUCUGGAUCCUCCUGCCUGCAGCAGCCUCACCUUCCCAGCCUGGUGUCACCUGCAGAGCUCUCAGUCACCCUAUGCAGUAUUCCUGUUCUGCCAGACAUCCUAAUGUGCUCCCAGCACGGCAGCCGGCACCGUUCCAGCCCCUCCUGUUUGUUCCCCAUGCCCCAGGUGUUGGUGCCCUUCACUUGGGCUAUUGAUCCCACCUCAUCUUUGGGGGAGAAGCCCCAGUUCAUAUGUUCUGUUCUCAGGCAUUUCCUGAAUGUGUGACACAUUCCUAACCCUGGUGUCAUCCUGCUAGGUGCUUCUCCACCCUGUGCCACAGCCAAGAUAGUGCCCAGGUGAGUACAGGGACAUUUCUGGUGUGUUCUGUGUACCUGGCACAGAGACCUGAUGGUGUGUGAACCAAUCCUCGUCCAAAACCCCAAAAUUCCACUGAUGAUGCCAGGCCUGGAACCGUCUAUUGACCUGCUGGCUCUGUUUUUCCCCUCACCAUUCCCUGCAAUGGGAAGGACAGAGGAGAGCACUUCCUGUGCUCCUGCUCUCUUUCCCACUCACCCCAAGGCUCUGAGGUCUCUUCAGAUCCCUUGGAUUUCUUCCUGCACCUUCAUCCUCCAGCCCCAAGAAUCAUCCUCCUCGUUGUUGUUUCCACUGGCAGAGCCUGGCACCAGUUCUCCCCAGGCACUGGAGAGCAGACACCCCUGCUGUGCCACCUGUCCCUGGGGGUCAGCCAGGUGGAGAGAGAGCAGGGUGGCCUGUGCUCAGUGAGAGCUCUCCUUGGGAAAAUCAAGGAAGAAACUUCCCAAGUCAGGACAGUUGCAGAGCCCUGAGAGCAGCUGUGGCUGGAGCACCCCGGAGUCAGGGAAGGCAUGAGGUCAGUGGGGAUGGGGCUGGACUCCCCAGCGUGGCAGCUCCCACAGCACAAGGACUUGCUGGGUCCCAGCUUCUGUUGGCUGCAGGGUGGGAGCUGGGAUGGGGCCAGGGCACCGUGGGCAGCCAGAGCCACCUCCUGAGGGUCUGAGGUGGCUGGGGCUGUUGGAGAGACCAGGCAGGUUGAUCCAUGGGACAGCAGAAGGGAGAGGAGGUAGGACCUGUGGGGCAAUGGUGGCUGGUGCUGUGAAAGUAAUUCAGGGCUAGAGCACCCCAGGGUCCUGCUGCUUCCCCUGUCCCAGGGCCUUUUCAGAGGGGCUGAGGUUUCUCUCAGGAGAAAUCCAUCCUGCAGAUGGGUUGCUGAGGUUACAUCCGGGGAUGGGUGACAAAGAUCUUCCCUUGGGACCAGGCUGUUCCCACAUGGGCUGUUGCUCUCCCUGCUCCCAACACUGAGCGCUUGCCACACUGGGAGCAGAUAAAAACCCUUUUAAAAAAUGUUCUGAAUAGUUGUGUCCCUGCAGAUGAACGCUGUAUUUUUAAGGAAUAAACAUUUUUUAUGGGCAAAUCUUGGCCCUGCUGCUUUCUUUGUCAUUCCAACCCAAACCAUUCCGUGAUCAUGGAGCCUGGCUGUGGCCCCCAAAGGGCUCAUGGGUGUAUUAAUUGGCAAGGAAGUGCCAAUUUGGGAUGUUGGUAGAGGUUUGGGAGGCUCUCCAAGGUCUGUAACCCUCAGGGAACAAGCUGCGCUGUAGAGCCACCCCAUGAGGUCUGUGAGUCCCCCAAUGGCAGAGCUCUGCAGGGACCCUGGAUGUGGAGAGCAUCCAUGUGCCCAGCCUGUGCCAGCCCCCGCCAGCCACUCUGUCAUGGUGAAGAUGCCAUGGUGGAGCACCAGGAAGGUCUGCAUGGAGACCUGAGGUGGGAAUCAUUCACUGGCCCUCCCCAGCCAGCCUAGGCAGCACAUUUCCAGUUCAGGUUUCACCUGGCAGCACAGCUGAUGCUUCGGGGGUGUCCUGGUUGCCCAUGGAUGGGAGUGGGGAAAGCUGAGGAUGGAGGGGAUUGAGCAAUGAGCAGUCCCUGCCAAGGCUCCGUGUCCAGCGUGGGAAGAGCAGUUCUUCCAUCCAGCCCUGCCCUCUCUCCGCACGCUGUUUCUGGCUCUCAUUUCUUUGGCAGAAAAUUCACAUUCUCAUCCCCUCUCUCCUCCCCUUUGCUGUGGCAGCUCCUUUCCAUCACUUCCCCACUUCUGCUGCCGCCUGUGGGCUGGAAGGGCCCCUGGAGCCUUUGGGAGAUGCUGCUGUGAAAACCAUUGUCCCAAAGGAAGAGCUGGGACCUCCAGGAGCUGCUGGUGCUGCUGCAAGAGGACACAGGCAAGGGCUCCUCAAGUGGCGCCUGCGCUUCGGCAGAUAAGCAGCAGCUUGUCCAGCCUUCCUCUUCCUGUCUUCCCCUUCCUGCCUUCCCUCUGCUGCUCCCUCUUGUGACUGGGAUUCCUCCUCCUCACCCCAUGGUGGCUGCAUCCCCGCAGGACUCCGCUCAGGCUGGGGAUGUGGCCGUGGGCUCUGCUGGAGUGUGGAGCUUCACCUGCACAAAGCCUUUUUGGAGAUGUUCUUUUCAGAGCCUGUACUCUGACCUCAAUCCUCUCUUCUCUCUGGGGCUGCUGUUGCUCUUUGGACCGUGCCGGGCGGUGCUGGUGCUGGGGCGGUGGCACAGGUGGCACCAGGAGGAGGUGGCACCGCUGGAGGCAGCCAGGUGUGUUUUCCAGAGGACCUUUGGCUCGCCCCUUGUGCCAGGCCCCAGCCCUGGGAUGCAGCCCGUGGCCCUGCAGAGCCUGUCCGAGCUGGAGAGGGCCAGUCUGCAGGAGCUGGCGCUGUUCCAGCUACAGCAGAGGCUGCCCAUGGGGCAUCUCAGUCUGGACAGAGAUGGCCCCAAAGGCAUUAAAUCCAUCCGGCAGAAGUUGGAGAGCUUCUCGAAGGACAGGAAAGACUGCUCUGCCCACACCUUCGGGGUGCCACUCCCCCAGGUCAUCGCCAACGACCGUGCCUGCCGGCAGCUGCAGGAGGCCAUGGGCAGGAGCCGGCGGCUCUGCCUGGAGGUGGAGGCCACGGUGACGAGGUUCCGAGCCCAGAGGCACAAGAGGCUGGGAAUGGGCACCAGCUGUAUCCGGGCACCCGACGGGGGCUGCCCAGAGGAGCCGUUUUCCCCGGCUCUUGUGGACAAGAGGUCCUGGAGCCAGCGGAGGGGGGCCAUGUCCGUGGAUUCCAUCACGGACCUGAGUGACAACGCAUCUGAGCUGCUGGAGGCCCUGCAGCUCUCACACCCCAAUGAGCUGGACCCUCGCAGGAGCCAGGGCAAGAAGAAGCUGCUGAGCCUGAACCCCAUCACCUGGCAGGUGCCACGGAUUGUGGACAGGUGCUGCACUCACCUUGAGAUGCAUGGGCUCCAAACUGUUGGCAUCUUCCGUGUCGGGAGCUCCAAGAAAAGAGUCCAGCAGCUGAGGGAAGAGUUUGACCGAGGGCUGGAUGUUUUCUUGGAUGAGCAUCAAAAUGUUCAUGAUGUGGCUGCCCUGCUGAAAGAGUUUUUCCGGGAUUUGCCUGAUUCCCUGAUUCCCAGAGAGCUCUAUGGAGCCUUCCUCAGCACAGCCAGCCUGGAGGGGCAGGCCCAGCUGGACACGCUGCAGCUGCUGCUGUUCCUGCUGCCCCCGUGCCACAGUGACACCCUGCUGCGGCUCCUGCGCUUCCUGGCCAAGGUGGCCCGGCACGCCGAGAGCUCCUGGGACCCCCAGGGCCGCCAGAUCCCUGGGAAUAAAAUGACAGUGUCAAACCUGGCUACAGUCUUUGGUCCCAACAUCCUGCAGAAGGAGAAGCCUGGAGAGAAAGAUGCCGGUGCCCUGAACUUUGAGGACAGUGCUGCCAUAAUCCUGGUGCUCCAGAGGCUGAUUGAGCACCACCACUCCCUGUUCAUGGUGUCUCCAGAGAUGCAGUGGGAUGUGCUGAGGAGGCUGUUCCAGACAGACCCCGAUGUCAUCGAGUACCUGCUGCGCAGGAAGUUCCCUGAUGUGCCGAGCCCAGAGCGUGAGGAUCCCGGGGAGGAGCUCGCUCUGUCCGCACUGCCUGGCUGGACACACAGCCUGGAGCGAGGCUCGGUCUCCUUGGAGCUGUACAGCAACGUCUCCUUCCUAAACCUGGAUGUUGGCAUCUAGCGAGCCCUGGCCAGACUCUCUGGACAAAACCAGGCAGCUUUUCCCACAAAACCCAGCCCUUGCCUCACUUUGGGAGCAGCCCCUGUGCCUGUGCCCUAGGGGCAGAGCUGUACUCGGGGGUCUCCUGCCAGGCUGGCACCUCCCUGCGGGUCCAACCACUGCCAUAUCCUCAGCACAGCCCUGCCCUGCCACCUCCUCCUCACAGCACCCCGGGCAAUGAAUGGCCAUCUCUAGACCUGGGGGCACUCUUGGGAGAACAGGCUGAGGAAGCUGGGACUGCUCAGCCUGGAGAAGAGAUGGCUCAGAGGGACCUUAUCCAUGUAUACAAAUGCUUUUGUAAGGGCCUGGAGGGACAGGACAAGGAGAAUGGCUUCCCAUUGCCAGAGGGAGAAAUUGGGAUAUUCAUGGGAUAUUCAGAGAAAUUCUUCCCUGUGAGGGCGGUGAGGCCCUGGCACAGGCAGGGACACCUUCCACUGCACCAGGCUGCUCCAAACCCCAUCCAGCCUGGCCUUCUGGCCUUGAACUUUUCCAGGGAUGGGGCAGCCACAGCAGGGCACUUUUAGGGACAAAAGAGUACUUCUGCAAACAGUAUUCCAUAUUCCACCACAGCCUGCACCCAGUCCUGGUCUGAAGGCACCCAGACCUUCUCAGGUGCCCUGCUCAGGGCUGGGCUCUUAUUUUGCAAAGGUCCCUUCCCUGCAGAUAGAACAGUUGGGAUGGGUGGGGAAGCAUUUCCCAGAGGAGCCUGUGCUGUGAGAUAGCUGGUGAGACCCCCUGGGAGCUGAUAAGUUCCAGAGAGCAGAAGAGCUGUUGUGUCUGGAGGAGCAGAUAAAUUUGGGACACCAUGAGGCUGUGGAAGGUUCCAGAGGCCAUGGGAACACUCGAAUGUCAGCUGUGAGACCAACAUUGUGUCUAGCCACUGCUCUGGGUGGGAUUGCACCUGCUGCAAGAGCAGCCCCCAGCCUUUCAAAUUCCUUCCUAGGGUGGUAAAACACUGGCACAGGUCAUCCAGAGCAGCUGUGGCUGCCCCCUGGAUCCCUGGAAGUGUCCAAGGCCAGGCUGGAUGUGGCUUGGAGCAGCCUGGGAUAGGGAAAGGUGUCCUUGCCCAUGGCAAGGGGUGGAGUGGGAUGGACUUUAAGGUCCCUUCCCACCCAAGCCAUUCUGUUAUUCCAUGAUUCUAGGAUGGAACAGGGAUGCUGACAUGGGAGGCAGCUCUUUGCAGGAAAAGUCCUGCUGGAUUUCACGUUGCCAGCACCACACCGAGGGCAGGGCGGCACGGGGAGCUCACCGGGAAGCACCAGCUUUCUCUGGCUACUACAGAGCCACCAAAGCCGCCGGUAGGGUGUUUAUCCCUGGCAGUGUUGAUGCGAUAUUGCUGGAAACUCCGCUUGAGGGCAGCCCGGCACCGGCCCGGCCCCGGCCCCAUGCGGCUGCACGGAGCCUCUGCUGGAGCGCACCGGGCUGGCCCGGCGCUGUUCCAUUCCAGCCUCACGAAAUAAAAACUCUCCCCAGCCAGUGCACGUCUCAUUCAUGGAGCCUUGGCGUUGCUCUGGAGGGGCUGGCUGGCUUUUGCUCCAGGUUCUGUUUUCAGGGGCUCUUUGCCCCUGCAAGCCUUGGGCGUCACCUCAGAAAUGAUAGGGAAGGUUCUACCUUGAUCCUUCCUGAUCCCCAGUGCUGGCACAGGAGGGGUUGCUGCUCUUGGGGGUCUCUUCUUGAGGCGGGGUGUUUGCUUUUGGGGCAGUGGUGAAUGUUUGGGGGAGUCUGCUUUUGGGGGGUGGUGGCUCUCAGGAGCUGGUCGCCGUUUUGGAGCUGGUCACUGUUUGGGGGGAUCAUUGCUGUUUAGGGAGCACUUGCUGGUUUUGGGGGGCACUUGCUGCUGUUGGGUGGUUCUGGCUGGUUUUUAGUUCCAGCCCCACCAAAGCCCCCUUGAGCCCCUCAAAGCGGUGGGGCAGAGCCAGGCCUAGGGUAAACAGGGAGAAUCUGCAGGAAUGGGACUGGCUGCUCAGAUCCAUGGGUGGCUUUAGAGUCAACAGCAAAGAAAGCAAAGCCUGAGCUCCUCUUUUUUUAAACCCCUGUGACUCCCUCACACUGCUGCCCAGGAUCCAGGGCCGGGCCCAGACACAGAGCUCUGGGCUUGACAGCUCUCUGGGAAACCUGUGGGAGAGAAUUGUGGAACCACUGAGGUUGGAAAAGCUCUGCAAGAGCACCAAGUCCAACCAUCCCCCAGCACUGCCCAGGCCACACUGACCCAUGUCCCCAAGUGCCACACCACACGGCUUUGAAAUCCCUCCAGGAACGGGCACUCCAGCACUGCCCUGGGCAGCUGUGCCAGGGCCGGACAGCCCUGUCCACAAAGGAAUUUCCCCUAACAGCCAACCUGACCCUCCCUGGCACAACGUGAGGCCGUCUGUCCCUCGUUCCCCGGGAGCUGAGCCCGACCCCCGUGUUCCACCUUCUGUCCGCGGGUUGUUCGGGGGUGUUUGUUCGGGGAUGUUUCGGGGUGUUUGGGGGGGGACCCCGGGACUCCCCCGGUCCCGCGCGGCCGUUUGGGGGCGGAGCCUCCAGGAGACCCCGCCCAGCCCCGUGCCGGGCAAAAGAGGCGGGAGCGGAGCGGGAGGCGCCGCUGCCGCCGGGACCGGAGCACAGGGAGCAGAGCAGCCGGUGCCAGCACGUCCCCAGGAAGCAGCCUCAACUCCAGUGAGGAGCACCUCAACAGCCCAGCUGACACUUACACCACCAAAGCUAGGAGACACGCAGGAGCUGGAGGAGUUCAUCGCAGACCUGGAUAAAGCCUUGGAAGAGAUGUGAGCUGUGCUGUGGAGUCUGGAGAGGAGCAGCCCCAGCCCUGAGUCUCCCUGAUGCUGCCUCUGCCUCUGCACCUCUGACUGGGGUGGGGAUGGCUCCGGGGACAGGGACGGGCAGUGGGGAUGGAUCCGGCCGCAGGACGAUGGUGACAAGGCCCUGCCAGCGCCAGGGGAGGACAGCCCUGGGCAGGACCUGGCUCUGCCCUGUGCAGGGUCUGGUGGCUCCAAGGGGUUUGGGGGCAGCUGGGCUGCUGCUGAAGCCCCCAGAGUAAUUUUGGGGAAGAUCAGCUUGCUGGACAUCAGCAUGACCUCAGUGUCCCCUCCAGGCUGGGAAGCCCGAUUCCUUGGUGGCAUCUGUCACUGCUGACCUUUGCUUUGCGUGGGGAGCCCCAGAUUGAGCCCCUCUCUGCCCCCCAAGUGCCUCUGCCCCAGCUGCUGCUGUAAAUACUGUAAAAAAUAUGUUUUGUGCUGUACAAAGGGGACAUAGUUCUGUGAACAGGAUUUUAAACCUC